UCUUCAGAGACUGAUUUUGUAUUUCUGGUCUGCAAAUCUGAAACUUUAUAGGUCUACCACAGGCCACAGCCUAUACGCACACUCUCUCUCUUUUGAAAGAACAGUCUCACAUGCUAGCCCGUUGAAUCCCACGUAAGCAAUUCAAUGUAAAAAAACACAACGAAAACAUACAAAAACAAAAUCAAAAUACAAAAAGCAACCCUCUCUGCCUCUUCAAAAAGCAAAAGAAAAGCUUACGUUAUUCUCUGCUUCCCAAUGCUUGCAAACACAACCAUAAAACGAAGUGAAGAUUAAACACAGCUUUCUCAUUUCACUCAUUACAACUCACGCUCUCUCUCUCUCUCUCUCUCUCUCUCUCAAGUUUAAACCCCUUUAUAAAACCCAUCAAAACCCUAAAAUAGCCCAAACCCAAUCCUCAUAUCACAACCACCAUGGAAGCUCUGAAUUUCCUGAAGUUCUGGAGACCCACCAACACCUACCCCUUCAUCACCAAUGGAGCUCCUCAUCCUCUAAAUGAAAAAGAGGAUGAACUUGAAAAAGAAGAAGAAGAAGACUCUUUCUUCGACUUGGAGCUCACUGUUUUUGACUUUGACAGCAAGAAAGACAAAAGCAACGACAACCCCGAAGCCAACAAUGUCAAAGACAAUAAAACCAGGCUUGAUACCAAGGAACACCACAACAACUCGGCCAAAAAAGCUGCCCUCAAUUUCUCAGAGACAGCCCUUUCUCUGUCUCCUAACGAUCCUAUUUCCAGAAGAAAAAUCCUCCCGAUUGAGCCCACCUCCAAGCCUCAGUCCCCGAUCGCUCUGCUCAAAUCAGCUCCAAGAUUUCAAGUCCUCAUGUUUAAGAAGCCGAAGUCAAAGUCAAUGGCAACUGCAAAAAGAGAGUCCAAAACCGUUUCCAUGGAUAACCAGGAGCAAAGAAGACAAGAAAGCAAGGCCUUCUUCACGGUGAAACUCAAGGUUGAAGAAGCUCCGAAAAACUCACUAUUCACCAGAGGAAACAGUUUGAGAAAAACCGAAAGCAAAAUACAAGACUCCCAGCCCUCAGAGGACUCAAAAGCAGAGCGAUUCUCAAAGGAAGUGAUACAAAAAUAUUUGAACCUAAUCAAACCUCUAUACGUCAAGGUCUCAAAAAGGUACAGCGAAAAGAUAAAGUUCUCCGAAGAGUUAUCGGUGGCUUCCACUGCGUCGUCUCCGUCUACGGUGGCGUUGCCUAAGAAGAAGAAGCCCUUGCGGAAAAGCAAAUCCGCAUCGGCUUCGAUCGCAGCUGCACAGCCGGUGAAUAGGAGAGAUGAUUCGCUGUUGCAGCAGGAUGAUGGUAUUCAAAGCGCCAUUCUUCAUUGCAAGAGAUCCUUCAAUUCUUCUAGAGAUUCUUCAUUUUUAACGAGCUCUAUUAGCGAUUCGUUGCAUGACAAAUCAAGAAAUUCAUAUUCUAGAGAUUCUUCUCUGAUGUCGCGAUUUGCAAGCGAACCUUCUGAAGAGAUAUCCGUCAAAACAUGCAUUGAGGAAGGCAAUGUGGUUGGCAUUUGAGAUGCUUUGAUGGGAAAUGGAAAGCAGGAGGAAACUGAACAGGGCACUCUGUUCUUGUGUUUUGUUGUAAAGAAGAAACAGGGAAGAAUCGCAGAGGAUAGCGUAGGUUUAGUUUUUUUUUGUUUUUUUGUUUUUUUUUUCAAUGUUCGGGUGUCUUAGGUAUGAUGACCAGCGGGUGUCAUACACUCACUUGGUGUUGUCUGUAAAGUGAUGGUGUCAUUAUGAAGAGAUUGAAAGAAUUCCUUAUUUGUGA